AUGCUCUUUGCGGCGCAAUCACAUGCUUCGCAAGCGAAAGAGCUUCCAUUGACUGAACCUUCUUUCAACGACUCAGUAGACACCACAGCACAUCACAGCAUUACACAUCACAGCACUGCACGUAUGACCACCAAUAUGGCCACCACGACACCUUUCGCAUCGGCCGACAAACGCGUCUUCAACAUCGGUGAGCUCGUAGAGCCGAUCUUGACCCAUGUCCGAUCUGGUGAUGAGCAAAACAAGGCACAAGUCGUCGACGACAUGAAGACGAUCCUUCGCAGCCAACAGAUCAACUCAACGUGCCGUAAGGCCGUACAAAGCUCACAUCACAUCAAGCGCCUGCUGGGAAUGUUACCACCAAAAGUUUCCGAUACCACAAGCUUCGGCAUACACCCAGUGUUCCAAGUGCCAGCGCCGGGUGGCGCCACGGAUGGGCCCCUGUGGGGCUGGAGGUUCGCAAGACAUGCAUUCACCAACUCGAGCAUCAACGCCACGAGCGCCAAAACGUUGGUGUUGCAUGUCGACGCGGCAGCGAUCGAGUUCUACGUUCACGACAAGGGAAGCUGGAGACAGCUGUGCUGGAAUCUCCGAGGAUACGAAGUUGAUAGCUGUGAGAUUCAUUUGCCAGGCAAGCGUAAGGGGAUGCAACGCUUCAGUCAGAUACUUGAGCUGAGGAUUGGUGGUCGCGAAACAGCUGGCGAGCUUGUCGAUGCUGUAGUGAAGCGGGUACAAACCGAGUGCCCAGCUUGGCGUACGACAUAG